AUGUACACGGAUGCGUUCAGAAACACAUUUUUCGUGGAUUUUUUGGAAUUUUUCGGUCUAACGAAGACCUUCAAAGAUAUAAACAAUGUCAGGCCCAGUUUGAGGAAAAGCGAGGGCUCGAACUAUGAUGCAGAACGGGCUACGUACAACAGCGAUGGGAGCGCGAAUUCACACGAGGUGUCCAGCGAAGUGGUGGGGGAGAAAGAGUCGGCAGAUAAGAACAGUGUCCCUCAGCCAGAAGAGAAGGAUCCGUUCCUGGUGGAGUACAGUGGAGAGGAUGAUCCAGAACAUCCGCUCAAUUGGAGCGUGGGGAAAAGGGCUUUGACGGUUGCGGAGGUGUUUGUUUUGUCCUGUGUCACGUAUAUGGGCUCCUCUAUCUACACUCCUGGGCAGGAACAAAUUCAACAGGAGUUCCAUGUCGGACAUGUGGUUGGCACGUUGAAUCUUUCGAUGUAUGUUCUAGGCUACGGUCUGGGACCGAUUAUUUUUUCACCACUCUCAGAGUUUGCCACAAUUGGUCGUCAGCAGCUCUACAUUUGGACGUUAUUUGGCUAUACGAUGUUACAAGUCGGAUGUGCUCUUGUGAAUAACAUUGCCGGCCUGGUCAUUUUGAGGUUUAUUACCGGCAUUCUUUGCUCCCCUUCGUUGUCGACAGGGGGUGCUACCAUUGGGGACAUAGUUGCGCCAAAUUACGUUCCAGCAUUCAUGGGUGUCUGGUCUAUCGGCACGGUUUGCGCGCCAAUCAUUGGACCUUUGCUGGGUGCCUCUAUGGUGGUCGCCGAAGAUUGGAGAUUUAUCUUUUGGCUUUUGAUGUGGUUAAGUAGUCUCACUUUGAUUGUUUUGGUGUUCUUUUUCCCUGAGACGAGUAAUGAAAACAUUUUAUACCGCAGAGCAGUAAGACUGAGAAAGUUGACAGGUGACAAUAGAUACUAUACUUUGAAAGAGAGAGAAGAGAGCAAAUUGAGUUUCAAAGAAUUUAUAUUUACUGCCCUCUAUAGGCCUUUUGAGAUGAUUAUCAAGGACCCAAUCGUUUUAGCCCUUGAUUUGUACAUUGCUCUUUGUUACGGUACAUUUUAUCUUUUCUUUGAGGCUUUCCCCAUAGUGUUUGUUGGUAUCUAUAACUUCACCUUAAUUGAAAUGGGCCUAGCAUUUUUGGGAUUCUGUGUUGGCUGCAUAAUCGCGUACGCAGUUUGUAUGCUAUUUUUAGUGAAAGUCGUUGGCAAGCAAUUUCAAGAUGGAACUUUCACGCCAGAAACUUUUAUGCAACUAGCAAUGGGUGUUUGUUGGAGUUUGCCGUUAUCGCUAUUUUUAUUUGGAUGGACUGCCUCUGUUCAUUGGAUUUUGCCUAUAAUUUCGGAGAUAUUUUUUAUUCUUUGUGUCUUCAAUCUUUUCCAAGCUACAUUUUCAUAUUUGGCGGUUUCAUAUCCAAAAUAUAUGGCAUCUGUUUUUGCUGGCAAUGGUCUCAUGCGUGCUGGUUUCGCUUGCGCUUUCCCCCUAUUUGGCAGAGCCAUGUACAACAAUUUAGCUAUUGAUGGUUAUCCAGUUGCCUGGGGUUCAUCGUUGUUAGGGUUCGUUUCUAUUGGUCUAGCGGUUAUUCCAUUCGCCCUUUACAAAUACGGUCCAUACUUGCGUAGUAAAUCCACUUUCUCUGGUUAG